AUGAAAACCGAACUUGAGGAUGGCGCUCCACGGCGACACCGAUCUACGGCGUGCUUGCCCGAGAAGAGAAACAGAGCAUCCAGAGGAGUCCAGGAGGAAAUGAGUGGAUUUCUAGAGGGCAAACGGAACGGCCUACGGUGCCAGCCGCUUCGCUUUCUUCAGAGUCAUGGCGUUGACGUUCCGAGGCGCGCAAACGCCUGUAUUCUCGAUUCCGAUUCUUUUGUCUUUGUGUCCGGAAGGCAAGUGGUUGUGCACCGCUUUUUGUCCGGGAAAAGGCGUGCGAAGAAGGACUCCAGAGCGGCCUCCGGAACAGAUGCACCGCUGCCGAACGAACGCUUGGAUAACGCGGCGACAUUACCAGCUGGACCUCUCAGAAGAAAAACUAUUUUCUUGGACGCUCUCGAUCCCGAAGAGACACAGGCGACACAUGGGAUAGACUGCAUCCCGGCAACGCGUGCGGAUGCCACCGAAAAGCAGCAACCGUUGGACAGAAGUGCAGAACGGAACCUCCCGGCUGAGGCUGAGAUACAAGCCCUCAGCCCGGAGGCAGCUGUGGCAUCCUCCUUGGAUCGGAACUCCUUCGUUCUGCACUAUGCUUCUGGAAAAGAUGGAGAAGGCGGAGUGUCAGCUCUUGCAGUUGAUCCUUUCCAUAAACUGUUAGCCGUCUGCGAAUGGAACGACUCUGCACAACCAUCCAUUCACAUCUACUCAACGCAGACAUACAAAUACCUUCGCAGCCUGAGAGGCGAAAGCUCUACAGGAUACACCUGUGCCGCCUUUCGGGGAUGCGAGUGUUUCCAAAGUGCGCCUGUUGAUGUACACAGCACAGAGCAAUCAGACCAUUCACCCAAAAACGAUAGAGAAGAAGCAGGAGAAACAGAAAACGGGAAACUAUCAAUCUCUGAAGGCACCUCUGAAGCUUCUGUGGACUUCACAUACAAAUCAGACGAGGCAAAUCCCCCGUCCCUAGACGAUAACACCGCCAAGCUCCAAGAUUUCAACCGCACGUUUUCGUCUUCUUGUAGUGCUGCAUGUCCUUCUGAGGAGAGGAGUGUAAUGAGGAAGAAAGUGGAACUACAGCAGAACAGCUUUGGCUCAGACAGAUCGAUUUUGCUUGCCUCUGUGGGAAGCGCUCCAGACUUCUUCCUCACUCUAUGGGAUGUUGAGCAAGGCUUGGCCCUCCUGCGAUUCAAAGCAAGUGCACAGGAAGUCUUCACAGUUAAAUGGUCGACCCUUUUCCCGCUCCAGCUUACCACGGCCGGCGCCCGUCACGUUAAACUUUGGAGCGUUGCCAAAACGUUCACUGGCCUGAAAUUGCAGGGCCAAACCUGCAAAUUCGGUACAGCGGAGCUUUCAGACAUCCUCAGUUUCGUCGAAUUAGCAGACGGCUGGCUGCUGGCAGGUUCUGAGUAUGGACAGCUUCUCCUUUGGGAGGGGAGUCUUUUGAAAGCUGAAGUGAAGCAAGGUGUCGCUGCAGUUCUUCCAGGCGCAAGUGUGACCCCGGCAAGACCAGAGACAAGCGGCCAAAGCGCCUCUCCAGUGUCUGCUCUGACCGUUGCUGCCUCCUCGUGUCUCACGUCUGCAGCCGCUUGUUCUUCGGGUGCAGGAAGACGCCCGUCUCUCACGCGAGAUGAAAAACCAAGCUGCACCGACCUCCGCGCUCGCAGAGCGUCCUCGAGACUGAAGCCGGCCGCUGGUCUCGCUGCUCUCUCACCGGGAAGCGAUGCCCGACGCAGCAGCAGAAGGAUCAAUACGGUAAACGACUUGCCGAGCCUGCCUCGGGAGGGAACUUGGGGUCACGAAAGCCGGGAGCCAGCGGCCUGCAGACUGCACACGUAUGGCAGCGAAAGAGAAGCCGCUGUCGUCAAACAUCUCCCCUGCCACGAAGGGCCGAUCACCAGUGUCUUCCGGGAUCCAAACGCCCCAGACAAAAUUGUCACUGCAGGACAUGACGGGCACAUCAAAUGGUGGUCGUCUGAGGAAAUUUUGAAUGCAGCAGAGAUUGCGGACGCACAAAAUCAAGAGAUCGUGGUGUCUCUCCUUCGCUGCGUCCGCCUGCCAGACAAGCGAGGCGUUCGCUAUAUCGCCGUCAAGCCUCCUUUGUCCACCUCCGUCUCCAAGCCGUCUUCACCAAAAUGGAUCAUCGAGGAUCUCUAUGGCGCAAUGUGGAGCUACGAACCGCUCACGGAAGCUCUUGUCUUGAUUCUUGACGUCCACGCUGCAGCCAUCACAGGAGUCGCCCCCCUUUGUUCUUCGUUUGUCGUCGAAGAUCUCGCCAGUCCUCGCACAAGCCUUGAUGAACCCUCUUCUUCUUCCUCUCCUUCUUCCUCUUCUUCUUCCUCUCCUUCUUCCUCUCCUUCUUUCUCUUCUUCUUCCUCUUCUUCAUCCUGUGUCUCUUCUGUUCCUUCUUCAUCUUCUACUUCCUCUUUUCGUGGAUCUGAAGAGCUUCUUCUUGCGCAUGCAUCCUUGUUGGCGACUGCGGGCGAAGACGGCACCAUUCGUGUCUGGGAAGAUUCGCGGAAAAGCAGACCUAUCGUCUCAAGGCGCUGGGAUGCGGCAUUCACUGCUCUUCUCUCGCUCCCAUCUCGUCCACAUCAUCUUUGGCAUCUCAAUGCCUCUCCGUCACCGUCUGCCUCUCCUCCUUUUUCCUCUUCUUCCUCUGCCCGUCUCUCCUCUUCUUCUUUUCUUUCUCGUGGAGACAGGGAGACGCCUGUGCUCCGGGGCGAGGCUUGCGUUGCGACAGGCUCGGCGGACGGGGUGUUCCGGGUGCUGAACCUCUCUGCGGAAGCCAUUUCUGUGAUUUUCGCGAUUAAAACGCAUGCAUCGGAAAUUCGCGCUCUUGCCUGCAGGCCGGACGGCGGCGCCUUUGCCGUGCUGGGAGCGGACAACGCAGUUGUGUUCCUCGAGAGCGAGGAUCUCCAGACUUCGGCGCGUCCAGUUUCACAGCAGUCUGAGAAGGGCAGAGCAGAACAUGGCAGGCAGGCCCAGAGCCCCCCGAGAGGAGCCAACACAGCUGAGGAGAGUUUCAGGGAGAAGCAAGACUCUUGGGGAGCAGACAGCUGGGACGGAGACAAAGAGACACUGCAGCCGUCAGAUUUCGCUCGCGCGAUGGAGCCUGCAUCUUGCACAAAAGCUCAGCACGAGAAGCGACCCGCGCCGUAUCGAGUUCUCGGUUACAUGCAGACUCCGGAGCAGGUGGAACAGAUUAUCUGGAAAGAACAGCAGAUUAUUCUCAUAGGCGGAUGUUCCCUAUUUCAGGUUUCUCUUUGUCGAGCGAACACCAAGUUGAAGGCGACUCAAGAGGAAAAGAGAGGGAGCAACGCAGAAAAAGGAGAUUCUGCGUGCGAAGGAGACACCGACGCCUUGGAGGAGAAGCGACUGCCUGUGACGACACCUCUUCUCUCUUCCUCUCUCGGCCCCUCCUACUCCUCUUUCUCCCCUUCGUGCUCUCCUUCCUCACCUGCAUGCUCGACAGGAAAUCAGUGCUCGCACCCGAAUCCCAGCGAGGAGCCAGGACUUUCUGCGAUCUUGGAGACCAGCCGAGACAGCGACUCUGAGACCGCAGAGAGCAGCGAAGAAGAAGAGGCUGAUAUCGCUUCGUCAGAGACCUCCUUGUCCCCUCCUAGGUCUAGCGAAGAACCACGCAGAAUCGGCGACUCUCCACCGUCGCGUGCUCUGGCUUUCACAGUUACAGCGAGUGUUCUCCUUCCUUCCGUUUCUGUCGCGAAGGCGGCUCAGUUGUCUCUGCGUCGUCCUCUCGGCGAGGAGUCGAGGGAUGCCCGCCUGCACUCCGUCCCCGACAGGCGACCCUCGCGCACCAGUGUCUGUACGCCUGCGGAGGAAGACGCGAGGUGGCGGGGGGAGAAGCGAACCGCCAGAGCCUCGAGGGAAGGAGACAAAGAGAAAGGAACAGAGCUCGAGGCCUGUUGUUCCAGACCUUCUGCUUCCGAGAAACCGCGCGCAUGCACGAAGCUCUAUGUCGCAGGCACGGGAGCACUGUUUGGAUUCUUGUGGAUGGCGGACCUUCAUGAGGACGGUGGCGGCGCCAACGGAGCGGAAGGGGAGACGAAAGAGGCUGCAAAAGAUGCUAAAGAAAGCGGAGAGGGCAAACGAGAAGAACUGGGCCGAGAGAGAGACACAGACGAGCCCCGGCGAAGGAGUCUGGAAACCGCAAACACCACGCAAAGCCGAGAGGUAACCGAGACAGAGAAGAGUGCCGGAGGCGAAGCACGGAGACAGCUAGAAGUGAGAAAGCUGUUUCUCACUCCCGCCCAGAAUUUGUUGGGUCUUUUCACUAAGGAGGCCCGUGGCACAUUUCAAAGAAAACAGGAGAAAGAAGGACGUCGCCGACGAAACAGGGAAAUCUCAGGCGGAGUCUCUGAGUCACGAUCUGCAGGCGCGACGAGCAAGCCCCCGUCGCCUUCGGGUGUAUGUGAAAAUGACGGAGACUCUCGCGAGGGUGUGGAGACGCCGGAGCAGGUUGGCAGUGCUUCGGUGAAUAACGGUAAGAAGGCGUCCCGGAGAGGAGGUAGGAAUUCUGUCCAGGCGCGAACAGAAGAGGAAUUUGAAGACGCGCCUGUUGUUUCUGUUCUGGAAAAAGUUCUAGAACAAGACCUGCUUCUCCUUGGCAUCAGCGACGGCCGUAUUGGCAUCGUCCACCUCGCUUUCCACCAGAUUUGCUUCGUGGUGAGUCGAUUGGAGCUGCAGUUAAAACGGGAGUUUGAACUCCUCAAUUCCGAGCUUGCGCGCCGGUUUUCACCUUUGUCCUUGACAACGGUCACUGCUGUUCGUCGUCCCUGUCGAGGCUCUGUCUCCUGA